UACAAAACGCCUUGGAGCGGUCAAUCUUAAAUAGAAACAUUUUCCAAAGGCAGCGCAACAGCACAAAGGGAUCCGCUAGACCGCGCGAGGAGGAAGACCAACGAUUCUCAGAUCUCAGAUAAUUGAGUUGGAAGAAGACUUAGAAUUACAAAUUCUCUCGGUCAGUGGAGAUAUAACAGCAACUUUGGCGUUUCGACGACAAGACGUGAACUACAGAUGCUUCAAGCGCUCGUUUGAAUUAAGAAUAAAGCGCUGAGGUCGAUCAUUGAGUUGGAUGUAAACCUACAACCGGACACGAACAAGACCUGUAUUGGAAUUCUUUGUUGAAUGACCAUCGUUAAACAAUAUGGAGAUUGGAAACGAAAAAGAAAAAAUGAAUUUGUCAAACGGCGAAGUAAACCAGCCGCUCACAAAACAGGAAGAAGAUGACACAGCAAUACAUAAUUUGCACGACGGAGAAAAGCAAACGCUCAAUGAAAACGUUCAAGUCAAAAAAAAUCUCACCGAAUAUGAAGAGGCUAAGCAGAGAAAUCCAGAGGACGGGGAAUCACAGGUUUCACCUUCAGAUCGAGAGGAGGUAAAAUACGCUCUAUCAGAGGAUGAAGAUCCUGAGCACAGUCCCCGGAUGUUGUGGACAAAUAAAAAGCUGGUGAUAGCACUAGUGAUAGCUCUCAUUAUCACAGUGAUAGUGGCAGCUGUGGUCGCCUUUAUACUGCAGAAUUAUGACCCACACAAACCAGAGUUUUAAAGCAAUAAUUUUCACCCAAAGGGUUAAACUUGUCUGAUGUUGAUCACGAGAAGGAUCAAUUUUAAGGAUGCUCAGCCAUGGGAAUUGACUAUGGCAACAUCGUUUGUUGGUGACAUAGGCGAAUCAUACCAGAGAGAGAGAGAGGGGGGGCAGUGGUGACGUCAUCAAAGGGAUUGGGGGAAACUGUGACGUCAUCAAAGAGAUUAGGGACGCUCCGACGUUAUAUCGACAUCUCACUAUUGUUUAUCUUGUAUAAAGUAUAAUGUACGUGUACCUGAACUGAAGCGGUUGAAAUAGUAUGAAGCAAACCUUAAAGAAACAGUCAGCAGCAGAUGGAAAGAAGGGACCUUUCAGAGAAGUUUGUUUUGUGAUUACCUUCCAUAUUUUAUUGUAUAAUUCGUGUUUUUAAUAAACUUUUUGAAUUGGAAUAUUAACAUUUCAACUAGAGAUACAGGGCAAGUGGGCUGCAUUGCUUACAUAAUCAUUUUAAAGCAAACGCCGCAAACACAUAAAAUUAUGAAUAGCCAAAAUUUUAUCUUACUCGAUUUCUAGAAUAGUUUAUAGAAUAUGUAUCGUCAUUACUGUUCUUGUUCUCUUUUCAAAUGUUCGUAACCAGUAAAUUGUCUGUAUAGCAUUAAAGUAUCUAUGAAGAUCUACUAUAAAGCUGUUAUAUGUAAUCUUUGUAGUAGAUCUUCAUAGAUGCACCAGUAUUAUAACUUAUUUACGUUUUAAGAUCCAUACGGUGAUUUGAUAUGAAUCUUAUAGUAUUGAAGCAAUCGAAUCAAACUCCUUCAUUACCGAUCGAAAAUCAUAUUUUAUCGUAGAAGAGAAUAAAUAAAACUCUCUUCAAACAGGAUAGGAAGGCUAUGAUUGCUCUGGUAAGGUAACGGAGAUUACUCAUGGACAACAUAUGCUUAUUUAAUGACAUAAUUUUAAUGCGAAAGAAUAGUGGUGUAUAAGGGAAAGAUAUUGUAAAAAAAAA